UGGGCGUCUUGUGUUUGAACAAGCGCCCGACCGUGCGACGGCCCGCGCUUACGAAGUCAAAUGGCGCAGUGAAGGAUUACUUCAGAUUUCACGGAAUGUGGUUAUACUUAAUUUUAUUGGUGUUGUUUAAUUGUGUCGUGUCGAAACAUCAUCGGAAAUAUGAAUACAGCGAUUCGGAGAGCAAGGAGCGGCGGUACACUGGAGAUUUAAUCUAUUUGCAAAUCAUGACAACCAAUGGAUUCCAUGCUCCUUUGGAACUCUAUCCUACUGACAAGAAUUUGAAGACUGCUUGGUUCGAAGGUCUCAAAAAACUGACAAUGCUAGGCAAACUACAGAUGUUUCAACUGGGAAAAGUUCUUCGCAAGCGUUACGAUGAUUUUAUAACAACGGAUCCCAAAGAAGUGGAAAUUUACACUUCAGCUGAAGACCGCGCCAUUUCAAGCGCCUUGUGCUUAUUGGCGACCCUGUACUCCCCAACCAAGGAAUGGAGGUUUGCGCCUCAUUUCAACUGGCAGCCCUUGCCUGUGACCUUUAUCGACGGAUAUUAUGACAAAGUAG